AUGGAUGCUAAUAGAGAUACUUUCUGCAGUCAGCCAAAUCUUCGGGUCACAAUUAUCGCCGCGGACGGUCUAUACAAGCGUGAUGUCUUCCGAUUCCCCGAUCCUUUUGCGGUGGCCACCGUUGGGGGCGAGCAAACCCACACGACGUCGGUAAUCAAGAAGACGCUGAACCCUUACUGGAAUGAGAUGUUUGAUCUACGAGUCAAUGAGGACAGUAUUCUCGCAAUCCAGAUCUUCGACCAGAAAAAGUUCAAGAAGAAGGAUCAGGGAUUCCUUGGUGUUAUCAAUGUACGGAUUGGCGACGUGAUCGAUUUACAGAUGGGUGGUGAUGAAAUGCUCACCCGCGACCUCAAGAAAUCCAACGACAAUCUGGUCGUUCAUGGAAAGCUUAUCAUCAAUCUGUCCACCAACCUCACCACCCCCAUCCCUAACCAGGCUAAUGGCUUGCAUCGUACACAUGCUCAGCCAUCGACACCCAGUGGACUUGUCCCGCAAGUAUCUUCACCGCACCCUCCGGUCGGUCCCGCCCCGGUCGAUUCGUCCGCCGCCGCUUCUACUGCGUCUCUGAACCCUCAGCGUGUUCCCUCGACCACCCGACCGACCAGCAUCAUUGCUCCGCCGCCCAAUGGCGCCCCGGCUGCACCAGCCAAUGGUCAGCAAGGCUCUCGCACCAACCUGAGCUCGUUUGAAGACAGUCAGGGCCGGUUGCCAGCGGGCUGGGAGCGCCGAGAAGAUAAUCUGGGGCGGACCUACUACGUUGACCACAACACACGGACCACGACUUGGACUCGGCCAUCAUCGAACUACAACGAACACACGCAGCGUACGCAGCGCGAAGCCAACAUGCAACUGGAGCGUCGCGCCCAUCAGAGUCGAAUGCUGCCCGAAGACCGCACGGGUGCAAAUUCUCCGAACCUGGCUGAGGGCCAACAGCAGCCGGCGCCGCCGCAGGCUCAAACACCUCCAGCAGGAGGCAGCGCCAAUGCAGUUUCUAUGAUGGCGACGGGAGCUACCACUGCAGGCACUGGUGAGCUCCCACCCGGAUGGGAGCAGCGCAAUACACCUGAGGGCCGGCCAUACUUCGUGGACCACAACACCCGCACUACGACUUGGGUGGAUCCUCGGCGUCAACAGUACAUUCGCAUGUACGGGCAGAAUUCCAACGGCACCAAUACCACGAUUCAGCAGCAGCCGGUGUCGCAAUUGGGUCCGCUGCCCAGCGGAUGGGAGAUGCGAUUGACGAAUACAGCCCGAGUGUACUUCGUGGAUCACAACACCAAGACGACCACCUGGGAUGACCCCCGUUUGCCUUCCUCUCUGGAUCAGGGCGUACCGCAGUACAAGCGUGACUUCAGACGCAAGCUGAUCUACUUCCGGUCUCAACCGGCAUUGCGUAUCAUGUCUGGACAGUGCCACGUCAAGGUCCGACGUAACAACAUCUUCGAGGACUCAUACGCCGAGAUCAUGCGGCAGAGCGCUUCCGAUCUCAAGAAGCGCUUGAUGAUCAAGUUCGACGGCGAAGAUGGUUUGGAUUAUGGUGGUCUCUCACGUGAAUUCUUCUUCCUUCUUUCUCACGAAAUGUUUAACCCGUUCUAUUGUCUUUUCGAGUAUUCCGCGCACGAUAAUUAUACCCUUCAAAUUAAUCCUCACUCUGGAGUGAACCCGGAGCACCUGAACUACUUCAAGUUCAUCGGACGAGUUGUCGGCUUGGCCAUCUUCCAUCGUCGAUUUUUGGAUUCCUUCUUCAUUGGCGCCUUCUAUAAGAUGAUGCUGCGAAAGAAGGUCUCGCUCCAGGACAUGGAGGGUGUUGAUGAGGACUUGCACCGUAACUUGACAUGGACUCUAGAGAACGACAUCGACGGUGUUUUGGAGUUGACGUUCGCGGUUGAUGACGAGAAGUUCGGCGAGCGUACCACUGUUGACCUGAAGCCGGGCGGUCGCGACAUUCCGGUGACGAACGAGAACAAGCAUGAAUAUGUUGAAUUGGUGACGGAGUGGAAGAUUGUGAAGCGGGUGGAGGAGCAGUUCAAUGCCUUCAUGUCUGGGUUCAACGAGCUGAUUCCGGCCGAUCUGGUCAACGUGUUUGACGAGCGCGAGUUGGAAUUGUUGAUUGGUGGCAUUGCGGAUAUCGAUGUUGACGACUGGAAGAAACACACCGAUUACCGCGGCUACCAGGAGCAGGACGAAGUCAUCCAGAAUUUCUGGAAGAUUGUCCGCACGUGGGAUGCCGAACAAAAGUCUCGUCUCCUGCAGUUCACCACUGGUACCUCGCGUAUUCCGGUCAACGGAUUCAAAGAUCUGCAAGGCUCGGACGGGCCUCGCCGGUUCACUAUCGAGAAAUCGGGCGAUCCCAACGCAUUGCCCAAGUCGCACACUUGCUUCAACCGUCUGGAUCUACCUCCGUACAAGACACACGAAGCUCUGGAACACAAGAUGUCCAUUGCUGUGGAAGAGACAUUGGGUUUCGGACAAGAGUAG